GAGCAGAAGAAGAAGGCCAGCUGGUGUAUUAAUAGCAGAGCCCACAGAGUCAGACCCGGCCCAGCACGUCCUCCACCGCUGCACCACCACCAUGCCCGGCACCCAGGCCCAAUUCCGGGCCAGAGACCGCAACAAUGUCCUGAACCGGCCCGAGUUUCUGUCCCUGAACCAGCCAUCCCGCCGGGAACAGACGGUGGGGGAGGGACGGGGGGCGGAGGUCCAAGGAGACCUGUGUUCAGACAGCAGAGUCAGCAGGACAGCACAGGGGGGAGGGGGGCCAGAGAGUCCUCCGAGAGCGGUCCAACUGCUGACAGCGGCGGUGCGAAGGACGCCUCCCGCUGGCCAGAGCAGGACUGCAUGCAGCUUAACCCGUCCUUCAAAGGUAUCGCCAUCAGCUCUCUGCUCGCCAUUGACAUCAGUCUCUCGAAGCGUCUAGGGGUCUGCGUGGGAGCCCGUGGCUCCAGGGCCCCGCUGCGCCCCAUGAUCACCUUGCUGGCCCUCACAGGCCACGCCCUCCCCUGGAUCUGCGGCACCCUAAUCUGCCUGUGGAGGAGCAGCACACUGGCUGGACAGGAAGUGCUUCUCAACCUGUUGCUGGCGCUGAUACUAGAUCUGAUGACGGUUGCUGGGAUGCAGAAGUUGGUCAAACGUCGGGGACCUUGGGAUUUCCCGCCAAGCUUUUUUGACUACAUUGCCAUGGAUAUGUACUCGUUCCCAGCAGCCCACGCCAGUCGGGCCGUCAUGGUGUCCAAGUUUCUGCUGAACCACCUGGUGCUGGCGGUGCCUCUGAGGAUCCUACUCUGCCUGUGGGCCUUCCUGGUGGGCGUGUCCCGGGUGUUGCUGGGGAAACACCAUCUGUCAGACGUAGGUUGCGGCUUUGCACUUGGCUUCCUGCACUUCAGCCUGGUGGAGUCGGUGUGGCUGGACUCGGCCACCUGCCAGACACUCAUCUCCAUCGGCACGCUGGGCUGGACUCUGGUCUGACCUGGUCCAGACUGGUUCAGCUGCAGACUCGGAUCCAGCUUUGCUGGGUUUUUCUGCCCUCCAUCAGCUCAGUGCUGCUGACAGGAGACAGGGGCCAUGUGGUCCUCACUGUGGAGGACCUGAGGAGGGCUCGUAGGAAUGUUUGAGUCACAGGUAAUGAAACAGGAAGUGUCUGCAGUCUCACAUCCUGUGGGGUUUUCUUUCUUGCCACCAUCUCAGAUUCUUCAGUAAAAUUUUGUUGAAGUUUUUUUCAUGUCAGAAACUGAGUUUGGACUUUCAUUCUGCUAAUGUUGAAUUUUAUUUGAAGAACAUCCUCGGCUGUUUGAAGCUUCAUAGUUUUUGCAUUGUUCACUGAGAACAGAGUUCACAACAAAAGCUGAAGGUUGUUCCUCAGAGCUAAAGCUCAGGUGUUAUACUGGCGCUACAGAUUCUGUUUUCGGGGAAGAUUUCCCAAAACGAUUCUGUUGACUGUCUCAUCAAAUCUCAGAAACUUUCAAACAGGUGCUGAUUAUGUAACUGAAAGUGUGACGAUGCCAGAUUGUAUAAGAAAUGCUGACUCGUGAAGUGAAAACAAACCUCUCAGGUUCAGACUCCUUCAAACUCUUUUCUUUUCCUGAUGAGUCGGCAUCAGCUCGAUAAGCGUUUGUCAGCAUGGCGAAUACCUACAGACAAAAUUCACAGAAAUACGCUGCGACUGUAAGGCUGCCAUCGUGUCCCAGAACAAGCAGCUAGACUCUAACAGCAUCCACGUCUCUGUUUGCUCUGCUGUGGUUUAGCAGGUUUACAAUUUGUUUUCAGAAUCUCCACAAGAACAGGCCUGCCUGAGUCUUCCAGAAACGGUCCAAUCAGAAGAACCUUCAAGGGGAGGAGCUAAAUCAGCUUGUGUAGGACAAAGGAUGAAGGGAGGGGCUGCACCACGCCUAGUGUGAACUGUGACUCAUGCAAAGCUGCUUUACUAGACUUCAAGAAUAGAUUUAAAGAAUGGAAGUGAGCCCAACAUCGCCUCCUCAGACAAACUUUUUAUUAAAACAAAAAAUUGUCCAAGUUUUUCUUCUGAUCUAAACGCUGUUAUCUGAGCGCCGCCUUUAUGCAGAUGAUACCCUGAUCUGUAUCACAUUGUUUCUCUGUGUAAAACAUCCCAGAUCUUAAACUUGAGCUUUUCCUUUUCCUUUUGUUAGUGUCUGUCAAACAGUAUUUCAGCUAAAACAUUAUAUUUAACUCUUCAAAGCUCAAAUACAGAGAGUUCAUGAUUCUAGACGAAAAUGAAGGAAUGAGAAUUCAUCAUGUUUCAUCUGAAGGUUUCUGUAGUUUUUCUGCCGCUACAUCGGCUAGUUUGUCCUGAGAACUGAAGCUGAGAUGAUGAAACAUGUCAGAGUUUAAACUAUGCAUCUGUUCAGAGUUGCUAAAUAAAACCUGUUUGUUACCUGAA